AUGUCUGAUCCCUGUGAAUGUAUUUUCAGUCAAGAGGCAUUGAUGCGCCGUUUGUUGAGUGCCGUAAGUCUAGAGAACAUUGUAUUAAAGUGGUUUAGUUGAGAAAUUCGCAGGAAGAUUGUACUGACACAGAAUGCGUAGGACCUUCUGGAGAUGGUUCGACCGGUGGCAUGACCCUGCCGAUGUUGCUGGCACUUUGGGGAGUUGUAGUUAUGAUCUUGUACAUCAGCAGGCCCACAUCAAUGCGGAACUCGGAUCGCAGAAUUAACGAGAAGCCUCGCAUGGACAAUGUGGGUGGUUAUUAUUAGUUUAUUGAUCGGUUUCGUUCAUCCCGGUUUAUGACUGCGUAUAAUAAUGUAUUAUAGUUAUUUAAAUUGCAAUUUCAUGAUUAUUUGAGCUCUAUUUAUGUAGCUUAUGCAUCGUUAUUUCAGGACAGAAGUCCACCUCCUCCACCUUCCGCCCUUUAA